AUGAUUAGAAAAUAUUUGACCAUUAUCCUUGGAGUAGAUGGAAUUCAAGUAGCCAGGAGAAAUCCUGUUGGGAUUAUGAGUUCUUCUACUGGAGACAUUACAAACAUAAAAGGAAAAAGUUUUCUUUCUGCUAGUGGCUCAACAGAGUUAGGCAACAUUCAAAUCAAAUAUGUUGGUGUUAUGACUGCAUGUACCUACGUGUUAGUUUGUUUUUUUCGUUUAGUGACAGGAAUCUUACAGUCUCUAGUCGAUAAUAGCAGCAGCAGUACAGAUGAUUCCAUAAUUAGUGAUCAGUUUAUACCAGAUACUUUGUUUGCUUUCAUUUAUGCAUUUAUUGGAAUAGUUCCGAUAAUGACUAUUCGAAAAUUAUAUAUACAAAAUUCAGAUAAAUUUUUAUGGAGUAAUUUUUUUGGUUAUUUGCUUUCUAUGUGGAGCAUAGAACAUGGUUUUUAUACUUAUAUUAUGAAAGAUUAUGAAAAAAUAAACUCAUUAUACUUAAUUCCUGGUACUGAACAAUUUAUUUGUCCAAGUCAUCGUAAAGAUAGUUGUGAUAAUCUUAGACCUACAAUUAAUGAGUAUAAAGCAAUAUCAAUUACUUUUAAUUUAGCAUUAAGUGUAUGGUAUGUAAUUGAUCAUAUAUUUAAUAAGAAAUACAUGUUAUCAUUUCAUAUUGGUGAGAUAACCCUUGUAACUGGAAAAUUUGUAGAUCCCAAUGCAAUGCUUGUUGAUGGAUUACAUGCUUUUAUGGAAUUAUGGCAUAUUUCAAAAUAUGAUCAUGAAAGACGUAAUUUAAUAUAUUCAGACUUUAAUCGCAAACAACCAUAUGAAUGCCCAUUACACAAUAAUCCAAUUUCUACUUGGACAGAAAUUUCAUAUUCUUGCAUGGAUUUAAUAAUGAAAUUGACAAAUGAUGCAGAGAAAGAGCUGGAGGUUGUUCAUGGAAAUCUGGAAGUUAAUCCAACGCUUGAUACGUUAAAGAAAGAUCCAAUAUAUACAGAAUUGUAUUAUUUGGAAAGAUAUCAUUUGAUUUUUGGUGAUAAACAUAAAAUUAUCAGAAAAUUAUAUGCUUUAUUCAUUGUUCCAAUUUUCAAGGAAUCGAUUGAAUAUAGAACAGCUAUUGUUUGUAAAGAUUUUUAUACCGUUAUCUUUGCGAUACAAUCGCUUACAACAUUAACUACCAAAUCAAUAAAAGAAGAUAAAUACGGGGUUGUCCAGAACCAUAUUUCACCAAUAUUUGAAUCGUUGUUGCUAUGUUUGAUAUUACUUGAAAAUUAUGUUAAGGAACCACCACUUGAUUAUUGGGAUAUUGGAGAUCCUUAUUCAACCACAUCAUCUAAAGUCUUGGCUGAACCCUACUGA